UCUUCGUUUAGGUUACAGCCGUAUAGGAUUGUGUCGCAGCGAGGCGCAGAAACAGGGACAGAGAGCAUCUGUUUGGAAUAUAAUUUCAUCCUUCCAGCAGCUCCGUCUUUCUCCAGAUCUGCCGGGGAGCAAACAGACGGCCUGAAUAAACGUGUAAAUGGAGUUCCAAUCGCUGUCGUGACUGUCGUUCACCGCCUCUCACUCUGCAGAAGAUCCUGCGUUGUAAGUUGCAGCAGCAUCCCAGAAAAACACCGCAGCUCUUCUCCUUGGCAGACAUGGGGACCGUCCUCUCUAUAUCUCCCGCGUCGAAGAAGGCAUCCAUCAUGGAUGCGGAGGUCGGAGGAGAGGGACUGAAAAACGACAAGAGCCUCAAGCGCCACUCCAUGUUCGUGUCUCUCUCUUGGAAGAAGCUGGUGGCCAAUUCGGCCAAGAAGAGCGCGAAGAAAGUCACCCCGAACCCGCUGCCCGCCCGAGAGCUCCCCUCCAGCCAAGUGGCGCAGCUCAACAGCGAAAACAUCAGGAAGACGCACCAAACCGAAGAGAAGAAACCCAAAGCGCCCAUCCCGGUGCCGGUGCCCACGGUGCCCACGGUGCCCACGCACAACAGCGAACCCGUGGUCCAGAACGGGAGGCUUUCCUCGGUGCAGAAGCAGCCCAGCAGCCUGUCUCUGGUGUCGCCCAGGCGGAUAGUGAUCCAGGCGUCCACCGGGGAGCUGCUGCGCUGUUUGGGGGACUUCAUGUGCCGCAGGUGUUUUAAACUGAAGGAGCUGAACAGCGGGGAGGUGAUCCUGUGGUUCCGGAACAUAGACCGGACUCUUUUGCUGCAGGGCUGGCAGGACCAGGGCUUCAUCACGCCGGCCAACUUGGUGUUCGUGUACCUGCUGUGCGAAGACACGAUAUCGGACAGCAUCGACAGCCCGUCCGAGCUGCAGGGCACCUUUCAGACUUGCCUCUACCUCGCCUACUCCUACAUGGGCAACGAGAUCUCCUACCCACUCAAGCCGUUCAUGAUCGAGGCGAACAAGGACGUUUUCUGGGAAACGUCGCUCCGGAUCAUCAACAGGCUGAGUGCCAAAAUGCUCCAGCUGAACGCGGACCCGCACUUUUUCACCGAGGUCUUCCAGGACCUCAAAAACCAACGCGAAACCAACGAGUCCAACCUGGACCGCUGACAUGGACACGAGUGGAGAGAGACUCUGGUGUAAUUUAAUGAUGAAUGUAAAAGAUGCGCGCAAAAAAGAAGAAAUCACACCUCGGGGUGGUUUUGAGUGGAAACCUUGCAGGCUUCUCACGUCCUGGAGGGGCUGAAUAUGACUCUCGUGAUGUUACACAACUUCAGUAUGGUGUUUAGGCUACAGCGUAGGAGAUUUCAUAAUUGCAUGCCAAUGGUAUAUAGUCCUCUUUUGUCUUGUUCCCUGUGAGUGACGCAGGGAUUGACUCCGUGGUACAAAUCACAUCCUAAGUGGCACUCAAAUCUCCAUUUCAUUCAUGAUUAGCCUACAUUCUAAGUACGUGAAUGGAUGUCGCAGUGAGGUGAGCUUCCAGGGAGGACCACAAAUAGAUCCUGUGUGCCGAGACUGGAGGCGGAGCUGUCCGAGGUGCUGACCUGUGCAGCCAUUUCUGCUCCACUCCCUGCUGUUUGAGUCACUUUCACGCCACAGAGCCAAGCGAGGCUUAAGAGGACCAGAAUCAGCUCCAGUACGCAUUCAGCUCAUAAGCCUAAGCCUUGUAAAAGGUACAGGUAGUGUAUUGUACUUUUUUUUUUUAAAAAGACCGUCUCAGUCAGCUGGUAGUUAAGCUGUUGAACAUGCAACAGAUAGCAGAGGUAGGCUUCUUUAAUAGGAGGCCAAGACACAAUGCUUGGUGCAUAUGUUCCUCUGUGGGCAACAGAGGUGGAAAAAUACCCAUCCACAAACCUUGACCAUGCUGUAUGUAUGCCUGUUUUAAUAUCUACUUGGUAUGUUAUUGUUUUCAGCUCCUCUUGUGCGAUUAAAAAGAAGAAGAAAAAAAAAACACCAAAUUUGUCACUUUGCAUUACCAGUUGUAGUAAUGUAAGUUGGUUCAAGUUGAACAUGAGGGUGCAGAAAUGUACAUUUAGCAAUGGGAGUGUCUUUCUCUCCUCUGGAAUGUGUUAAAUUGCACUAAAUGGGCCUAUCGGUGGCCACGCAGCAAGGCCUCUGUUAUGUAUUGCUUUUCAAUACGAGUUGCCCACUGUGAUGUGCUGCUUUGCAACACAUUGCAGAGGUCAACUAGAGACUGAAUGGAAUGUACAGUUUUUCAAGAGAUUUUUUUUUCAAAAUCUCAUAUGUGCCAACUAUAUAAUGGCCUGGAACUAUAUGGUUUACAUGUACAUAUCCCACAUUUUCAAUUUGCUCUUUGUUUUAUUUUCCUUUGCCUGUUUUGAAGGUUGGCUGCAUAUGAUGUAGUUCGAGCAUUACAAAAACAAAUAGAGCUUAACGGUCAAAUUGUUGUUGUUUUCCCUGUUCUGUAAAAUGUGCUGUUUGCCUCAGUUUGCUGGCUUCAGUUCACUUUCAGUUCAGUCAAUUCAGGAUUCUUGAAAGUAUAACUAUUUAAUGUAAAGAUCUCAUUACUAAGUGAAAGAAGACUAUCAUUUGCACAUGCAUCAUUGCAGUUUCUAUAAGCUACAAGUGAUUUGACUCCAACUCUGAAACCAAACGUACAGGGUAAACCUGCUUAUCGAAUGCUAUGGUCCCUCUGAAUGAUCAUUGUGAUGUUGUGUUGUGAAUCCAUUUGCUUGGAAAGUGAAUUAUAAUGCUGCUAUUUUGCACAGCUGUGAACAAACCUGUGAUGUUUUGCACAGUGGUAUAAGAUAAUGGUGAUGUACCAGUGUUUCCUUUCAGGUGCUGGAGUGUUUGCCAUUAAGUUUGCAGUUACUGACACCACCGGUUCUCGCUCUAUAGGAUGAUCAUCUGUGAAUUCAAUCUUUUGUACAGUUCUUUUUUUUCCCUAUAUGUCAUCUAUGGAAAGUGAUAUUUAGGUGUGUGUUGUUUUCUGUGGUGUCGCGCCACAGUUGCAUCCACUCUCUUUACAUGUUAAUUAAAGGUCAGUGCAGUAAUUGUUUAUAGUGACCAUAAUGAAAUAAACUCAAACUUAUCUACGA